CGGCCGCCAUCUUGUCUGUCUCCACCGUUCGUUGCUAGUACGCACGGCUUGGCGUUCUUUUCCGAUCGAAUUACGAAAUAACGAUUAAACGGUCCAGUAUUUGUUUUGAAUGAAUUAAGAAACGUUGUUUUGUCGCUCGCGCACCUCGUCGGACUCGUUUCCGCGACAUCCCCGAGGAGAAACGCUCGUUUUCUUGCGUCUCGUGUGUUAAUGGAGCUGUAAAGGAGCGACUAUGGCGGUUAGUCAACAGCAGCAGCAGGCCGCGAGUAAGCCGGCCGGCGGGAAACACGGCAAUGUUCUGCCGUUAUGGGGCAACGAGAAAACUAUGAACCUGAACCCGAUGAUCUUGACAAACGUACUAUCGUCGCCGUACUUCAAGGUCCAGUUGUACGAGCUCAAGACGUACCACGAGGUGGUGGACGAGAUUUACUUUAAGGUCACACACGUGGAGCCGUGGGAGAAGGGCAGCAGGAAGACUGCGGGACAGACGGGAAUGUGCGGAGGGGUGCGAGGAGUCGGGACAGGUGGGAUCGUGUCCACUGCGUUUUGUUUGCUGUAUAAGCUGUUUACACUGAAACUGACUCGGAAGCAAGUGAUGGGUCUCAUCACUCACACAGAUUCGCCCUAUAUCAGGGCACUGGGCUUCAUGUACAUCAGGUAUACACAACCUCCUGCUGAUAUGGUAGAUUGGUAUGAUGAGUUCCUAGACGACGAGGAGGAGUUGGAUGUGAAGGCUGGAGGAGGGUGCAUGAUGACGAUCGGAGAGAUGCUCCGCUCCUUCCUGACGAAAUUGGAGUGGUUUUCUACGCUGUUCCCUCGGAUACCGGUUCCUGUGCAGAAGAGCAUCGACCAGCACAUGAAGAGCAGGCCACGUAAACCUCCUCAAAAAGAUGAGCAGGAGGAGGAGGAGGAGCCUGCCGAUUCAGGAAAGCAUGGAGAUCGGCGCCAUUCCAGGACUCCCAGAAGAAGUCAGAGCCCCGGGAGAUCCCAGAACCGCUCCAGGAGUCACAGCCGCCACAGAGAACGACGCGGUGCUAGCUUUGACCGUGAACUGGAGAAAGAAAGAGACCGACAGCGCAAAGAAAGAGAGGGAAAGGACCGUGAUAAAGACAGAGAUAGAGAGCGGGAAAGGGAGAAAGACAGGGAACGACGACGCUCCAGGACACCUGACCGAACCGCCGAGCGAAAACGCAGCCGCAGCAGAGAAAGACGCCGGAGUAUCAGCCCCAGCCGUGAGAGACGCAAAGAGAGGGAGAGAGAUAGUGAGACAGAGCGUAGUCGCAGAAAAGACAGAGAACAUCACAAAGAACGAGGGGAGAGGGAGAGAGACGGAGAGCGAACGAAAGACAAGAGGAGCAAAGGAGAAAACGAUGAGAGGCGGCACAAGGAGGAAAAGGAGGACAGAAAACACAGGGAAGAAAAGAGGAGCAAGCGUUCCAGGAGCCGAAGCAGAGACAAGAAGCACCGAACGGAGCGAUCUAGCAAGAAACGCUCCCGCUCCGGCAGCAAGACCAGACAGGAAGCAGGAGACGAGAGAAUCAGGAAGAGGGAGCACAGCCAUAGUAAGGAACGGCUACACAAACGCAGCCGCAGCAAAGAGCGCUCGCACCGCAGAGAACCCAGCAACGGUCGAGAGCAUCCCCGGAGCCACAGUCCCGAAGCAGGAGAAAGAUCAAACAGUGUUCGUGCAGAAUCCCCCUGAUCCAGGUCGUCUUCUCAAAUCCCCUUAUUUCGGUUUUUCUUCUGCACCUCUUGUGUUCACAUAAACAAAUAGAAAUGCCUGGGUUUUUCGUCGCACUGCUAUCCACCACUGGUGUAGAUAUCAAGAUUUUUUGCCUUUUGUUGCCCAUUACCGGUGUCAGGACUGAACGUGGCAUUUUAAAACCUUUUUUUAAUUUGUAUUUUCAGAUUUCUCACAAAUGGCUUUGUACAUAGAGCGCAGAGUAUGUUUUAAAUGUGAACCGAGUGACUGCAGAAUUAAGUUUGUGGCACAGGUUGAAUGCUGUGCUUAUAUUAUGCUGUUUGGUUCAUUGCUCUAUUGCAUCUCAUUUUCUAAUAAAACUCUUGUAUGAAA